CUUCGAGGUUUAGCCGGGACGGACAAGGCUGGACAUUCUUGCUAGGCGAGCAGUCAUUUACUUCUUCAGCUGGAGUUCUCAAAUUUCAUUAUUAUUUCAAGUACGGUCCUAUCAGAGAUUUCAAGAUGGCGCCCCAAGUUUUUGAAACAGCAGACUCAAGAAACAAGUUCGAGGAUCUCUCAGGAGUUGAUAUUUCACAAUUUGCAAACCCCUAUGACGCUCUGCUCGAAGCGUGUAACGGUGAUGCAGCACAACUACAAAUUCGUUACGCAACACAUCGGAACACUCGCAAUGGGCAGCAGAAAGCGAAGCUGCUGUCUCCAGAGUUCUCCGGCUUGAUAAUUGACCCAAUUCUGGAGCGAUUGAUGGUCCCUUCAAUCGAACCUGGCUUCGUAGACCCAAGAAAUUGCCUGGUCUUCUGGGCUAGACCGCCAGCUCACAUUCGCUCACUCGUCGACCAAGUCCAGCAAAAGUUGCUCACACUAGCCCCAAGACUCUGGCUCAUGCCUGUCCCAAAUCUCCACCUCACAGCUCUCGAGCUAACGCAUUCUCUUACUGAGCCGCAAAUCACCGCAAUUAUCGAAGCUCUCGGUCCCGAGGCCACUGAGAAAAUUACAGAUUUUACUUACACGCAUCGACCCCGGCUCAUCAAGCCCAUGAUCUCCUACGACGGAGCAGCUCUCGCUCUAUCCUUCUUACCUGCUGCCGGAGAAGGACUACCCGCUACAUCAUCCUCGAAUGUGUCAGAUAGAACGAAGAAAGACGAUGAUUAUACAUAUCACCAUCUCAGAAGAGAUCUCUUUAACAUUGCUUCCGCAACAGGCGUCACAGUGGAUUCUAGAUAUGUAGUUCCAAGCUCACAUAUCACAGUUGGGCGAUUCUUGACACAGGAAGAUCACGCAAGUCCGGAGAAGAUGGUCAAAUUUAUCAAGCUGAUUGAGGAGACCAAUGCCUGGUUGGAGAAGGAGUACUGGCCGAAGGGUGAGGAGAGAAAUGUCAAUGGGGAGUGGAUUGUUGGACAGGAGAGGGGUUUGGAUUUCAGAAUGGGAACGCUUUGGUAUGGAGGGGGUAAAACGGUAAGACUUGGGAAGGGGUUUUGAAAUUGAGAUUUGUAAAGCCUCAAUGGGAAGAUUCGUGAUUGAUGCUUGAUUGGGGUGGAAUUAAAAGAUCGAUUUGGAUAGCGGAAAUAGAGCAUAUGAAACCAUAUUAGAUAUAUAUUGGAU